UGCUAGUUUACUCAUCGAGAACAUCUUCACCGGUACAUGCACAACACAAAAGAAGUAUCGACAAUGUGGCAAGGUGAUAUCAGAUCGUAGGACUGAUCCGAUGGCAGUAACGGGUUGGUUCAGAAUACGUACUGAACUCACUUUACAAUGACGGUAAUACGACGAUUCCGCUCAUGAACAGCUGGUUUGAGGCAUUUGCCACUGCUAUGACGAACAGAUUCCGGACUGAGUACGGAAGUGCUCACUGGGAUAAGAAAAGCUGGGAGAUUCAGACUUUGCCUCUGGAUACUACCCAAGGAAUUGCGUGGAGGGAUUCAGUUUGCGUCGCUAUGCAUUGGCGAUGGCUACUCCUGCCCUGGGUGCUAACACUUGUGGCAACUGGCCUCCUAGCGUGGACUCUCCUGUCGGAUUGGCAAGAGCGGCAUGAUCGGCCAGUGUGGAAGGAGAGCAUUCUACCGCUCAUCCUUUACGGUAGCAGAAUUCUGGGGAAAGAACACGAAAGCUCGCCGCCAGACAUUCAUCAGCAAAAUGCGGUAGACGUUGCGGAUGAAUCCGGCGAGAAAGACGAACGACUUAUGGAAAUUGAUGAAAUGACAAACGUCAGUAAGGAGAUCGCAGUAAGAAUGCAGUGGGCAGAUAACUUGGAGACUGAGAUUGAGGAAAGUCUCGACGGCUCGACUUCUGUUCUGGAGCAGGAUCGAUUGUCAUUGCGGUCGAGACGUAGCCACGUGAUGCAGCAGACAACACCUCAACCGUCAGCAGAUUUGGGCGAGUAUAGAAGCGUUUCUGACAUGGAUGAUGCGUCAACUGUCGGCUCGGGAAAUAGUCGAGUCGAAUCGCUUACAACGCUUCAACACAGCCCGAACAGGUAGACAGAUGGUGACGCCCGUUAUUCCCUGGUGGCAGUCAUUGCGGGCUAUCGUUCUACGUCUCUUCAUCUUCGACGAUGCGGACGUCUUCCUCGCGUUAUCAAGCGUCUGGAAUGCAAUUGCCGAUGGUUUAAUGUAGGGUGCUGUAGUGUAUGCGCAUCAAUAUACAUACUCUCGCCGUCUAGCACCUUCAAACUCAUUGUCAUGCUCAAAGAGCUAUUAUGACAAAGAUUUGGGCAGUCACAACUCACGAACCUAGCAGGCAGGCGCCAGACAAUAAGUAUAAGCA